UGUCUCCCUUUAAAUGUAGCAGCAGUGACGACAUAAGUCACUCCCUUCCUGUAGUUUGGUUAUAAACAACAGCUGUUCUGUGGUUUGCAGAGAACUGAAACUUUGCUCUCAUGGCUUGUUCUGCAUUAUUUUUACCUCUCCUCAUCUUUUAUCUGACUUCUGCAUCUCAAGAUCAGCGAGAGAUAAACGUGAAGCCUGGAGAUAAUGUCACUCUUCCCUGUCAGAGUCCCAACGAUAAAGCCAUCACACUGUUAGAGUGGAGCAGACCUGAGCUGAAAGAAGAUGGUUACGUCUUCUUCUACCGUAACGACCGCUCAUACGAAAGCUACCAGCAUGCAACGGUUGUAGGUCGGGUACAGCUUAAAGACGCGUCCAUGAAGGAUGGAGACCUUUCUGUGAUUCUGAAAAACGUCAACAUAAACGACACCGGAAUAUACGAGUGUCGAAUUAUAAACAGCAACACAGAAGGCAGAGAGAGAGACUACACUGAGACGAAGCACGUCAUCCAUCUGACCGUCACUGACCCAGGUCACACAGCUAGAAACUCCUGGACUGAAGGAGAAAAGGAUGAAGGAAAGAAGGAUGGAGGAAAGACGGAUGAAGGAAAGAAGGGUGGAUAUGGUGGGACGGUAGUUGCUCUGUGGGUUACUGGUGUGCUGCUUCUUCUUCUUCUCACUGUAGCUGGUUUUAUGAUCAUUAGAAGACGUACUGGAGCUGUGAAGAAGAACUCAUACCAGCCUCCUCCUGAUUAAGAAAUCGUAGAUCAGUUGGUGUUAAAUGUCUCUUUACUUGUGAGUCCUUGUGUCCUACUGCUGUCACAGAGAGAUGGAAACAACUUGUUUUAAAGGUUCAGUGCACUCAAAUGACAAAAUAUGCUUUAAAACUGUCUGCAUGGAUACUUUUAAUAUUAAUGUUAUUAUAAGUAUCGAUGAGCUGAUUUCAUUUCUUAAUGGCUUCAAAUGAAAAGGCAGAGCUUCUUUUAGGGAUUCUACACUCUUCUCCAUCAGUUGACUUUGAUGCUCUGAGCAAAGCUAUACAAUACUUUAUACUUUAUCUGAAUACAAAACUAAAUUCUCAAAGUUCAACAUGUUUAAAGUCGGUUACUGACCUCUCUGAGGCCCAAAGAUCAUCUAUCCUCUAUUCAUCUAUUUCUAUCCUCCUCUGCAGAUUGGGAGAGUCUUUCUGUAGUUCAACAGCUGAUUGACUCACAUUCAUUUCUGGAGUCAAAAUCUCUGCUGGUCUGUAGGUUAGCUUAAAUUACUCAUUAAUGAAGCUUUAAAAAGUUAUUUGUGUAUUCUGUGACUCUCACUAACAAACCCAGUCAUAGUGGAGAUAUGAGCAUUACUUUAACAUAUAAGAUUACCUAAAUUAUGUUUGGUUUCAAACAUAAUGCUACCCUCUACCCUCUACCCUCUAACAUAAGCUAUAAACUAUACACUUUAUCAAGAACUUUAUUACAGUUAUUAUUUAUAUUUUAAGCUCAUUGCAGCCAAUCAGCUUCUGUCACUGCUGCUUCUAUUAUUUCCCCUUUUAAAAUCAUAAAUCCAAUCUCACUGAGAACGUUCUCAUUUUAAAACACGGCAGUCAGUUUAUAUUAAAUAUGUGAUAAUAUUCUUUUAUGUCUCAAGCACUUUAACUUUCAGCUAUAUGUUUGGCAGGGUUGUAAUGUUAUAUAUUAUAUUAAUAUAAAAUAACCUUAUUAAAUAACAAAAUGUGAUUAAUUAAUGAAUAAGCUAUAAUAUAUAAUAUUUAUUCUCUAUACGCAGGUUCAGUGGUGACGAUCAUCACAUCAGUCAGAAACAAUGUUUAAAAUGUGUGGAACAGAAAUAAGAGACUGAGCCUGCAAAUAGAUAAACAAUAAUAAAUAACUGAAGAAAUGAUACGACAGCAGGUCACAUGAUCAUAGCACGGCUAAAGCACUCACGAUUAAAAAAAAACUUAAUCUAUCAGAAGAUUUGAUUGUAAUUAAAAAUGUCUUUUAAUUUCAACAUUAACAUUUAACACAGAAAGCACUUUUCAGGUAAAUGUAAUGAUAAUUAUUAUUAGUAUCAGAUGUAUGAGCUACAUCGCUUUCUUUUUUGUGUUUUUGUUUAUGUUUAACUUCCAAUUAUUAAAUGUAUUAUACUUGUAGCAUGUUUUCUGUUUUAAUAAAGGCUAUAUU